GCUCGCGGUGUUCUGUUGAAAUUCCAUUGCCGACCAUUAAAACAACGGACUAACAAUUUACCGAAGUGGAGACAACGAGAAAUAAGACAAAAUGUUGGAUUUAAUUGCAGAAGAAAUGUUAACAUUCGGAAAUAGGAUUACUCAAGGAUUGCAUUGAAGUGGACUGCAUUUUCCUCUGGUUUUGCCGUGGCUGGCUAACUCUCAAGCUAGCCGAAUCGGAACAAUCGGUAGCUAACCAGCCAGCUAUCUAACGUAGCUAGCUAACUACAGUAACUACAGACUUGUUAUAUGUAGUAGGACAAGGACGGUGCACGUUUCAUCGCUAAAAAUACGCAAAACGAAUGUUGUUUCUGUCAUGAGUCCAGCCGGGUGCCCCCAUGUGAACGGUUUCAAAGUGGAUAACUGGAAACAGAAUCUACGGGUUAUUUACCAAUGCUUUGUGUGGAGUGGAUCUGCCGAAACCAGGAAACGCAAGGCCAAGUCGUGUAUCUGUCACAUGUGUGGCGCCCACCUGAACCGGCUCCACUCCUGCCUCUCCUGCGUCUUCUUCGGCUGCUUCACCAAGAAACACAUUCACGAGCACGCCAAAAACAAACGACACAAUCUAGCUAUAGAUCUACUGUACGGCGGGAUAUACUGCUUUGUGUGCCAAGACUACAUAUACGACAAAGACAUGGAACAGAUUGCCAAAGAGGAACAAAGGAAAGCGUGGAAGUUGCAAGGUGUAGGCGAGAAGUAUUCGACGUGGGAGCCCACAAAGCGAGAGCUGGAACUGCUGCGGCACAAUCCAAAGCGCCGGAGAAUAACAACAAACUGCACCAUCGGUCUUCGAGGUCUGAUCAACCUGGGCAACACGUGUUUUAUGAACUGCAUCGUCCAGGCCCUCACCCACACCCCCCUGCUGCGGGACUUCUUCCUGUCCGACAGACACAAGUGUGAGAUGCAGUCCAACUCCUGUCUGGUGUGUGAGAUGUCACAGCUCUUUCAGGAGUUCUACUCGGGCCACCGCUCGCCCCACAUUCCCUUCCGACUGCUGCACCUGGUGUGGACUCACGCGCGCCACCUUGCAGGAUACGAGCAGCAGGAUGCCCACGAGUUCCUCAUCGCUGCCCUGGAUGUGCUGCACCGCCACUGCAAAGGAGAUGACAACGGGAAGAAGGCAAACAACCCCAAUAACUGCAACUGCAUCAUCGACCAAAUCUUCACUGGAGGCCUGCAGUCUGACGUCACAUGUCAAGUCUGCCACGGUGUUUCCACGACGAUUGACCCGUUCUGGGACAUCAGUCUGGACCUGCCAGGGUCGUCCACGCCCUUCUGGCCCCUCAGCCCCGGGGGGGACGGCAGCACACUGAACGGAGAGAGCCACCUCUCCGGGGCCACCACGCUCACAGACUGUCUUCGCAGGUUUACCCGACCAGAACACUUGGGGAGCAGUGCCAAGAUCAAAUGUAGCGGUUGCCAUAGUUACCAGGAGUCCACCAAACAGCUGACCAUGAAGAAGCUCCCCAUUGUGGCGUGUUUCCACCUCAAACGCUUUGAACACUCAGCGAAGCUGCGGAGGAAGAUCCCUACCUAUGUCUCGUUCCCCUUAGAGCUGGACAUGACUCCCUUCAUGGCCUCCAGUAAAGAGAGCAGGAUGAACGGACAGUACCAGCAGUCAGUAGACGUGUUCAACAACGACAAUAAGUAUUCUCUGUUUGCGGUGGUCAACCACCAGGGUACUUUGGAGAGCGGUCACUACACCACGUUCAUCCGGCAGCACAAGGACCAGUGGUUCAAGUGCGACGACGCCGUCAUCACCAAGGCCAGCAUCAAGGACGUACUGGACAGCGAAGGAAAAGGUAGCUGUGUAAUUAAGAACGGUAUCCUGCAGGAUUCAAUAGUUGGAAAUGUAAGAGUUGACUGGAAUCCAGAAAGAACAAAACAUGUACAUCAAAAGGUACCUCUUGUUCUACCAUAAACAGUUUCUGGAAUACGAAUAGCCACCUUCCUUCAGCACUGAUGUCAACAGCCACCAAGAGACUUGCAACAACAAGGUGGCGACAUGACGCACGCCUACCUGAAACUCUACGUCAGUGAAGAUUGAAGCUGGGGGAAUGGAGGGAAAGGAAAAUGAAUCAUGCAUCCUUUCUGCGUAAAGGACACUGCAAAACCAAUCUGCACUGAAGCUACUCGGAUCUACUUGAUAAGGAGGAAUAGAGGAGAGGGGGAGGGAAGAUUGCAGGAUGGAGAGGGGGAGGGGUGUGUGACUAUGGAGGCCUUGUUGGAAGAGAAGGCGCUUCCUUCGCUCUCAAUCUCCCUCUCUCUAUUCUUGUUUCAGACAGACGGGCAGAUGGAGGGACAGACUGACCGUGGGCACAUCUCAUAAAAACUUCACAUUCAGUUAUUUUAUCAUUUCUGAAAUCCAUCAUUCCACCCACACAUACACCCAUCUACAAGUGACCAAGCAUUUUCAAAGGCGGAAAUAUAUUUGGUUGUCUAAUUUCUUUAUGCAUUAUUGUUGCGCUGACUGCAAAACAAGCUGACAAAUGGUAUUUCCAAUAUUGCAAAGACAAAAGUGGUUACUAUAAUCGUUGUUUGUGACUUUUUAGUAAAAAAAUACUGUAUGAUUAAUCUAACACAUCUCUUUUGUUACCAAGGAAAAAGACUUGUUGAAUAAGCGGAGUGUUGUUCUGUGAAAAAGCUAUCCUCUUUUGUGUUUUACUAUUCGCGAUGGCAGCGAAAAUACAUAAGUAUAUUUUUAUAAUUAAUUUUAGUCCUUGUUUAUGGUUUCCCAUCCUCCCCUCUGCCUCGAACAACCUUAUGUUGUGCAGUCAGUGUCCUUUUCAAAAAGACACCGUUUCACGUUUGUUCCUUUCUUGCGCUGAUGGUAUAAUUCUUGUGUUGCUGACAUAUCGUGGGGAAUUUGUUUCAGGUGAUGCGCUGUUGUGGAUAAGAAAAAGACUGGCACUUUGUGCAUCCUGCCGGAGACGACGGCUCGAUCUGACAGUGUUAAAACUUGUCCACGUGUUUCUCGAAUUCCGUGUAUGCGCGAGCGCACGUGUGUUGUGCAUAUGUUUGUGUACUGAAUCAGUACUUUCAAUUCAGCAUGCUGUCUACGAUGGAUAUCAAGUCGGUGUCGGAAAGUGUUUUUUUUUUCAGUUUUCUGUUUUUUCACAUCAUGUAUGUAUGUAUGUAUGUAUGUAUGUAUGUAUGCUAAAAUAAGAAACCAAGGUAUAAACUGAGUUACUUUAUCAGCCAAGGAUCAUUAUGGUCUAGUCAAGACUACACCCCCAACACUUUAUCUGCUGCAAGAACUGGACACUGAUGGUGAGACCCAAAAUAAAAACCUAUAUCUUUA